UUGAUAUUGAAAAUUCUGUUCAAAUCAUACUGUCUAUGCUUUUGUAUCAACAUGAACACCACUGUAAAUUUAGAUAACUCAGUUAAACUAAAAAAAAAGUAUAAAAGUGCAAAGGCAGUAGGCAGAGACCAUUUGUUAGGCUGAAAUCACAAGAUGGAAAUGAUUGUUUCCAGGAUGUUGAUGACAAUGAUUCUUCCAUCAGUGAUAGUCGACUCGAUAGCUGCAUCAAAGCAUAGUUUCGAUUGCUAUCAAUGCAUGAAUUGUAAAAAGGUUGAUAAGCAUACUUACAAACAACAUAAAUGUGGAGCUUGUCUUAAAUAUGUGUUUGAUGGUCCUGAAAAACGCAUAGACAGACUGUGCACGGAGUCUUGUACUAAAGUACCGCCAAGGUCAGAUGCUAAAAUUUACUGCUGUAAAAGCAAAUUAUGCAACUCAACAUCGAGAAUCAAUUUCAGUCGAACAUUUAUUUAUUCUAUUCUUUUCAUUGUUAUAAACGCAAAGCUUUUCGGCAGAUUUCAAUAAAUUCAUUUGAAAUUCA